CGGACAACGUCUACAUUCUCGGCAGCCGCGACCUCGACAAGGGCAAAGAAGCGGCCCGGAAGCUCGAGGAACUGGGGGUCAAGGCUCGCGUCGACGUCGUCCAGCUCGAUGUCACCAACGACGAGCAUAUCGAGGCUGCCGUCCGGCACGUGGAGAAGACCUAUGGCCGGCUCGACGGUACGCAGUUCCUCGGCCAAUCUCCUACCACAUGCAUACAGCCGCCCACUCCCUCUCUUCUCUCCGCGGGUAUGGCUUACACGUAAUUAUGCCACAGUCCUGGUGAACAACGCCGGCUUCCCCGGUGGCCGGGACCUGACCGAGGACGCGCCGGCGGCGAAAAUCCGGGCCGUGUUCGGGGAGCUGCUGAACGUGCACAUCACGUCGGUGGCGGUCAUGACGUACGCGUUCCUGCCGCUUCUGCGGCGGGCGCCGGCGCCGAGGGUCAUCAACGUGACGUCCGGGCUGGGCAGCAUGACGCGGGUGCUGACGCCGGGGCUGCGCAUGGGGCGCUUCCCGCCCUACGGCGCCUCCAAGGUCGGCAUGAACGGCCUGACGGCGCACAUGCAGGUCGUCGAGACCGAGCGGGCGGCGGCCGAGGCGGCCGAGGAGGGGAAGGAGUCGCGGGGCGCGCGCGUCCGCUUCUUCAUCUCCAACCCGGGCGUGCUGAAGACGGCCUUCACCCACUUCCACCCGAUGGGAAGGGCGCCGCAGCUGGGCGCCAAGUCCAUCGUGGAGUUGAUUGGCGACGACGAGGGCAAGUACGACGACCACAUGCAGUGGGAGUGGGAUUUGGAGGGAGACCAGAUGAGAAAGGUCCCGUGGUAGCGGAUACGGGAUGUAUGUAUACUCAGCUGCGCACUGGUGGUAC